AUGUCUAAAGAUGUUUAUGAGAAUGUGUUUAGCUCAGAGUCUGGGGAAAGGAACAGUGAGCAAGUGGAGAUGAUGGUGGCUAUUUAUGAGAGUGCAAACUGUGUGAGAGAUCAAGACUUCAGGAUUAACACACAACAACCAAUUCAACAAACAGGAAGUGACUCAGUAAAUACAAGAAUCUUCAGAGCUUAUCCAGUGUGUUUGGUGCUGCUGUGUUUUCUUCUACUGACUGCAGUCAUAGUGCUGAGCGUCUACACCCAUACAAACUACACACAAGAGAACAGAAUUACAAGCCUCACAGAAGAGAGAGACCAGCUACUAAUCAACAUAACCAACCUCAUAGAAGAGAGAGACCAACUACUAAUCAAUAUCAAUGCUGGGAAUGCUCAGAACCAAAACUUGACAAAAGAAAAGAAUGAAUUAUUAUCUAAGAAUGAUGAUCUGAUAAUACAAAACGUGCAGUUACAGCAGGUGGAAAACAACCUGCAGGAGUGUCGUAAUAAACUAGAUGGAUGGUUUAACUAUCAGUCCAGCUUUUACUUCAUUUCUUCAGAGAAAAAGAACUGGUCUGAGAGCACAAGAAACUGUAGAGACAGAGGAGCAGAUCUGAUCAUCAUAAACAACAAAGAAGAACAAGAUUUUGUUAAGAAAAUAUCUGGUGGUGAUGUGGUCUGGAUUGGUCUGAGUGACAGUGAUGAGGAAGGCAGUUGGAAAUGGGUUGAUGACCCCAGCAUGACCUCUGGUUUCAGAUUUUGGGGGACCUUUGAACCCAAUGGAAAAAGAGGAGAGAACUGUGCUGUAUCUCGUUCUUCAGGAUGGGCCGAUUAUCCGUGUAAUAAUUAUUUUCAGUGGAUCUGUGAGAAAAGAGCACUUUAAAAAGUCAUUAAGUUGUAUUUUUGUUCAUGCUGUAAAUUACAGACAACAUUUUUUUCUUAAAAACAAUAUUCAGACAAACAAUGUGUAGAAUCCACAGGACUAUUAAACAGCCAAUUAACGUCACCAUCACCAGCAUGAAACCAGUACACACACACACACACACACACACACACACGCCAAAUUUAGCUCAUAGCGAAAAAUGAUUCAUUAAUCAUAACUCGUUAUAAUUAUACAUAUUUGUUUCAGUUCUAUGUAAUAACUAGAUGUAGCAGAAUUCAAAUUAAUAUUGAAACUAGUUCAUCACAUGAACGUUUCUUAUCUACAGACUAGCUUUUCUUAAUCAGAUACUCCUAUUUUACCCCUGUUACAAGAUGUAAGAUAAGUCUUUGGUGUCUCAAGAAUGUGUCUGUAAAGUUUCAGCUCAAAACACCCAUCAGAGCAUUUGUUAUAGUUUCCAGAAUGUGUCCAUUUUGUGUUCAGAGCAAUGUGUAUGUAGCUGUUUUGAGUCAAAUAUAGCAAGUAAUAUUAUUUGAUGUAUUUCUGGUGGAGUUUAUUAAACGAUGCACUGAUGCACACACAAAUGCCAUGACAAAGUUC